UAGUAUCCGGUGCUUUGGUGCUUACUUACCAACCACGUAGCCUUUGAUUUGAUUUGAUUGCGGAAGUAGUGAUUUUUAUAUUUUUGGACUACGGAGGCCUGAAUCUUUUUUAAAAAGGGAACACUGAUUUUGGUGUGUACCCACUUGGUGAUUCUUUUUCUCUUGUCAAAAGGAAGAGCAGGCCAAUCACACACAAAAAUGGCGCAGAUGGGUAGUGGGGUUCUUCCCGCAUUCAAUGCUGCUCCAUCUUCUUCUUCUUCUUCUUUCUUUGGUGAGAAGCUCAGGCUCUCUACGAAAAAGGGAAUUUUGGAAGAUCAAUUUGAUGUCAGGAGAGGAGGAGGCGGCGGACGAGGAUUAGUGAAGAGAAGGCACAAGACCAGGGUGGUGUCUGCUGUUGUCACCGACAUUUCUAAAGAGCUCUUGACCUUACAGGUGCCCAAAUUUGAAAAACCCCGUGCAGAUCCCAAAUCAGUAUGUGCUAUCAUAUUAGGUGGUGGAGCUGGGACACGCCUUUUUCCUCUUACAAGAAGAAGAGCCAAGCCAGCCGUACCAAUCGGAGGAGGUUACCGACUCAUUGAUGUACCAAUGAGCAAUUGUAUUAACAGUGGUAUCAACAAGAUAUUCAUCCUGACCCAAUUCAACUCUGCGUCACUCAAUAGUCACCUUGCAAAGACAUAUAACUUUGGAAAUGGUGUAAACUUUGGAGAUGGAUUUGUUGAGCCUCUAGCUGCUACUCAGACACCAGAUGGCAAGAAAUGGUUCCAGGGCACAGCAGAUGCAGUUAGGCAAUUUACUUGGCUUCUUGAGGAUGCCACAAAAAAACACAUAGAACAUGUCCUCAUUUUGUCUGGCGAUCAUUUGUAUCGUAUGGACUACAUGGAAUUUAUACAGAGGCACAUUGACACUUCAGCUGAUAUAACAAUCUCCUGUGUCCCAAUGGAUGACAGUCGCGCAUCUGAUUAUGGAUUGAUGAAAAUUGAUGAUAGAGGCCGAGUGCUUUCUUUUAGCGAGAAGCCCAAGGGAGCUGAUUUGAGGGCAAUGGAAGUUGAUACGACAGUACUGGGGUUAUCUCCCCAGGAAGCUAAGCUGAAGCCCUACAUUGCUUCGAUGGGCAUAUAUGUCUUCCGGACAGACAUUCUUCUUAAGCUUCUCAGGUGGAGAUACCCAACUGCAAAUGAUUUUGGCUCAGAGCUUAUCCCUGCAUGUGCAAAAGAAUACAAUGUUCAGGCACAUCUAUAUAAUGACUACUGGGAGGACAUAGGAACUAUUAAGUCCUUUUUUGAUGCCAAUUUAGCUCUUGCAGAUCAGCCUCCGAAGUUCCGAUUUUAUGAUCCCAUGAAGCCUAUAUUCACUUCACCUCGUUUUCUGCCUCCAACUAAAAUUGAAAAAUGUCGGGUGUUGGACUCAAUAGUAUCACAUGGGUGUUUUCUCAGGGAGUGUGCUGUAGAGCAUUCUAUAGUUGGUAUCCGUUCACGAUUAGAAUAUGGUGUGGACUUGAAGGAUACCAUGAUGAUGGGUGCUGAUUAUUAUGAAACUGAAGCUGAAAUUGCAUCUUCUUUAGCUGAAGGGAAAGUGCCUAUUGGUGUUGGGCAGAACACAAAAAUAAGGAAUUGCAUCAUUGACAAAAAUGCAAGGAUUGGAAAGAAUGCGAUGAUUGUGAACACAGAUAAUGUUGAAGAAGCAGACAGACCAUCAGAAGGCUAUUACAUACGUUCUGGUAUAACCGUGAUAUUAAAGAACGCCAUCAUCAAAGACGACACUGUAAUAUAAAGGAGUUUUUAUAGUUAUGAAUCAGUGGCUUCUAGAUAGGCAUCGAGUAAAAAAUAUGGGCAGUUAGCAAACAUGAGAAUGUAUACUUUAAAAGAGAGAUAAGAUCCUGUAAUGAGCAGCAUAGAAAGUUAUAGGAAUCAGACAAGUUAGGUAGCAGCUCUUCGCAUUCAAUCGUAGCAGCAGCAGCAACAGUAGCAGUAGCAGUAGCAGGAGUAGUAGGAAAGCAUUUCAUUUAAGCAUCAGAGAAAUAAACGUCAAAGUACGCCGGGUUGUUCCAUGUCUGACAAGUCUUUCUGCCAAGCCAGUUUGUAAUUUCCUAUUAGAUAAAUAAAAGGCAGCUUAGUCGGAAAGGCUUACACGAUCAAGUAUAGAGGUACUACUAGUUGAUGAAUAUUAUGUAUUUAUAUGGGCAUCAGCCUGUAUUUAAUCAAUGUUUAUAAGUUACUGCAUGAAAUUUUGCAAGAAAAUUUUAGAGGAAGAUGAUUCCUGUUUCCAA